UAGGGCGGUAAGCGCUUCCUUCUUUCCUCGAUCGAUGAAAUAUCGCCUUCCAGCGCCAGAUUGCGCGAGGGAAAUGUUGCAUCGCGGGGGAUUCUCAGCUGCGUCUUUGCUGAGAGCUCGAUCGAACCGGCACAGUGGCGGCAGAGGCAGGAAAGUAUUUCCAGAUUUUCAAGCUAGGGUAAGCCUGCGGUGGAGCUCAUCGAUCGCCACAGGGGAAUGCGAUGCUCCAGUCGCUGGAAAUUUCUACCGCAGCCAGGUUGAUGCCGAUGGAAGGAUCUUCAACUUUGCGACCGUGGUUGUCAACAGCGACAAGGGCCAGUCUGCAUUGCCGGCCUGGUCGCAAGCUUGCUCGCUCGUCGGGACAAAUGCCCCCACUCUCGCCGUGGCAUUUGUUUCCAAGCACAAUCCAUCAUCCGCGGCAGCUCUGGAAGAACUGGGACGAUCAUUUUCGGAGGUUUUAACAGCACAAGGUGGUAGUGCUCCAGCAAAGAUCGCUGCUCCAUUCAUUGGUUGCGUGGCGGAUCUAUGGAACGUCGCUGCUCCGGCUGCUACAAGCCCAGGAGGCGGUGGUGCCGAGAAGAAGCUCGGUGCUCCUUCGGUUUCCAGUUCUUCCGGGUACAAGGCUGCUGGUGUGGACGUUGCUGGGGAUGGCGAUGUGAGAGCUCUGGCUGUCAAGCAAGAUCAUGAGGGUGGUCUCACAUUGAGAGCUGCUAGCGCGUUUCCGGACGAGGAUACAGUGGAAGAUUUCAAAGCUCUGGUUGGGGACUGUGCUCGGUGGACGCGAGAGAAUCCCGGCGUGGUUCCGGACAACGAAGAUCUAGUUGCUUUUGACAAGGAACUCAAGGCUUCUAGCGCGACGGAUGUUCUAGCUGGCAAUGCGAAAGUUCCUGAAGAAGUCGGAAAGUCCGAAGAGCAGGCACUUCAGUGUAAGAAGAUGGAGAAGGAUCCGGAAAGUAAGAAUGGAGAACUAGCAUUGGAGAAGGAAGAAGAGAAAAGCGGUGGGGCGUCUCUCAACACGAAAUCAUCCGGUCCAGGAAACACAAGUGCCGUGCCAGACGUUGAGAGGAUUGUAGUUUCGGAAGCUGUCGCCGAGGGUGGUCCAGGUGGAGUGCCUCGAGGAGCUUCCAGCGGUGCCACAAGCCAGGCCUCUCCAAUGAGUGACGAGUCCGUGGCCACCAUAGACGAUGGUUAUCGGAUGAUUUUGUGUGUGGCAUAUCUGCCCGGGACAAAAGCCACAGCUUUCCAUACAACUACAACGGGUCUUCCCAAUCUGCCAGAUAUGGAAGCUGCGAUCGUUCGAAACAAUCCUCACAUGAUUUUACUAGGCGCUCCAGGAUAUCCUUACCCAGAGUUUGUACAGCGUUUGUCCGUGAUGUUUCCCGAAAGUUGCAGAGCAGGCGCAUUUUUGGCUCCUCUGUAUACUAGCCCAAAGGUCCCAAGGCCAAAGAUCAUAAACAGCUUAAGACCACUGUUUGCUGGAACGGGGCAUCUCACUGCUGGUGUUGUUGGCUUGUCACUUUCGUCUGAUGAUGAUCAGAGAAAGCUACCGAUAGAUGCUUUUACGGAAUUUCUUCGUAUGACAUUAGGAAUGGCACGAAUUUCCGGUCAUAACUUUUUUGAUAACGCUAUUAGCAACUCUCUCUUUUUCCCAAAGAACGCAGCUGCGGAGCGGCACACCAGCCCGCGAUCAGCUCCUGUGGAUCCUGGCUCGCUUCUUAAGCGGUUACAUACUUACUUGCUUAGGCACAGUAAAGUCCAGACUCAGGCUGGUGGUGCUAGAGCGUCGGGGAGCUCAGAACAGGAUAACGCUCUGAAGGUUACCAACGGUAGCAAUUGUUGCACCACAACGUCAGUGGAGGUUAAGAGCUCGUACGAAGUUCCUGCGACUGCGACUCCGGCUCCGGCUCCAUAUGAAUCUCAUUGCUCCGAUAGCUCGGUGAAGAUGCCUCUCGCACUGCUGGACACGGUAUUGUUUCCAGGAUGGUCGAUGCCGUUACACAUGCACGAACCUCGAUACAGGCAUCUGGUUCGACACUGCGUUGAAGAAGGAAAACCAUUCGGACUUACCAGCUACUGGCACUGGCAAACUGCGCAAGAGCUAGUGGGAACCAUGGCUAACCUCAAGGUGUAUCUUUUCGAGAAGGAUUGCCGAUCUUAUGUCGUUGCUCACGGAGUCCAGAGGUUUCGUCUUCCUUUCGACAAGAUGUGGGUGCAACCAGGCUCUUUUGGUCUCAACAUCGGACAGGUGGAGUUCUUCGACGAUAUUGAAUGCGAGCACACGGAGGAGCUCCUGGACCUGGCAAAGCAAGUCGUGGAUCGCUGUCGCCAGUUGCUACCCGAGGCUGAUACUGUCCCUGGAUUACUCGGAUCCAUAUCAGACCCAAUCAAGGCAUCGUUUGCAGUCGGCCAGCUUCUCCCAGUUCCAGUUCGAGUUAAGAGGAGAUGGCUUGGAAUGGCGGACACCAAGUUUCGACUCUUGGAGCAAAUGACUUUCUUGAACAGCUAGAAAAAGUAGAAGCUUUAAGUGACAAGAGCCUCCAAAUUGAGCGAACUUGACCUAACCCUAGAAGCAUAUUCUUCGCUCGAAAUAAGCAUAUUCUGUUCUUCACAA